AUGUCUGGUUAUUAUCCUUGUGAACAUGUUAAGAAUUUGUUGGUUGUAUUGCAUGUGUUUUGUUAUCAGAGAGAUUCAAUUGUGAGAGAUGCAAAGCCCCCAAAUUCUGAAGUUAUAUAUGAGAAACAGAAGGUACAACCAUAUCGUCAAAGGAUAUCAAAAUGGUUGGGACAAGUGUCUGAGAGAUUGGAGGCACUCAAUAGACGAGCAGGUAGCUUAGUUGCCAAUCAGUCGGUGAUUCUUAAAACAUAUGGUGUUGUUACCAUAGUACUUAAAUAUUUACUGUCUCGUUCGUUUCAUUCAUUAUGGCUAGAGAUUUUGUCAUCAAUCAGUAAACCAGUAGUAACCCCAUCAUCCAAGUCUUGCUCUGUCUCUGAAUGCAUUAAUGAUGAAGAUGCUGCAGAAGAUUUAACAUCAAAUGGUGCAAAUAGGCUAUGGAAUAUGGAUAGGACUUACCUAAAAGAGAUUACAAGUGAGAAAAUCAGUGACUCAAUGUGCUUAUUCCUCAAAAUCAGUACUUAUCCUUCAGCCACAUCAACCACUGUAGGGCUUUCUGAUGACUCUGUGUCUAUUGUUUCUCUUCGUGAAUCCAAGCUGGAAGUACAAGAGUGGAAGGCACAUAAUUUUGAACUUUGGACAACCUCUUUUGAUAUCCACCAGCUAAAUUUGGUAUAUAAUGGCUCUGAUGAUUGUAGGUUUUGUUGUUGGGAUUUGAGGGAUAGUCCUUCCAAUCUUGUAUUUAAGAACUCUAAAGUCCACACAAUGGGUGUUACUUGCAUUGAAAAGAAUCCUCAUGACCCAAAUCGCUUAUUAACCGGAAGCUAUGAUGAGUUCUUGAGGGUGUGGGAUUUAAGAUCAAUCUCAAAACCUAUUAAUGAGACUUCAAUUAGCUUAGGUGGAGGAGUUUGGAGGGUGAAGCACCAUCCCUUCAUUCAAGGCCUUGUUUUCUCUGCAUGUAUGCACAACGGUUUCGUGAUUGUUGCUAUUAAAGAUGACAAAGCUGAAGUGUUGGAAACGUACAAGAAGCAUGAUUCCCUUGCAUAUGGAGCAGACUGGCAGAAAGUAGAAGCAAAUCAUGUUUAACUUUGAGCCCUCAGUUUUGAAAUGUAUCAAUAAAUAUUUAUUUAUUCCACCAUGGUUGCAUUAAACAUAAGAAUAUGACGCUAUUUUUUUGCAACUAUAUAGUAUUUCAAACUCACUCAUUCAUUGGUUGUGUACCCUCUGUGCAACUAUUGACAGAUUGAGCUUAGCAUACUUGAUUCGAU